AUGAGUCAUGACAAUGACAAUUACAAUAAUCUUGAUCAUGAGAAUCAGGAUGACAAUGAGCAUGAACAUGAGAAUGAGUAUGACAAUAAGAAAGACAUUGACAUAAUCAAACAUGAGCAUAACCAUGAUGAUGAGGAUGGCAAUAAAAAUCAGCAUGGCAGUGAGAAUGGCAGUGGGCAUGAGCAUAACAGUGAGGAUGUCAGUGAAGAUGAGCAUGGCAAUGAGGAUGACAACGAGGAUGAGCAUGAGCAUGACGAUGAGGGUAAACAUGAUUUCAGCAUGACACUGAAGUUGAGCACGAGGAUGAAGAUUGAAGAUGUAAAUGAGGAUAACAAUGAGCUAGGAUAACAAUGACGAUGGCAAAGAGCGUGAGGAUGACAUUGAUGAUUAGGAUGACAUUGGGCAUGAACAUGACAAUGAGGAUAAGAGUAAGGGUAACAAUGAGGAUGAUAAUGAGCAUGAUAAUGAGGAUAUCAAUGAACAUCAGCAUGACAGUAAGGAUAGCAAUGGACAUGAGCACAACAGUGAAGAUGACAGAUGAUGAUUUAAUGAUUUAAUGAUUUAAUGAGAUUCGGCUAAUAUAACGCCAGGGAGUUCGCCAAAGGUUUCCCCAAUUACGGCGACCCCAUAAUUAACUUCACGUUUACAAUAAUUUUAACAGUCGAAACGAACUAAUUUAAGACAAAAUACAAUCGGUGCAAGAGACAACUAACAACAACUUAAAACACCAUCAAGGGACCUAGCCCUUUUACAUUUAACGCACACAGAUUUCCAAGUUCGCGGAUCGUCAUAGUUAUAAAUAUUAGAUAGCGCGUAUUUGUAGUACGUCUUUAGUACUGCCUUAUUUGAAAGCUUGCAGGCCAAUAUCUGUAUUACGGAGGUCACUAUUUAAAACGUUCCACGUUUUACACGCUCUAAUAAGAUAUGAAGACUGGUAUGUUACAGUUUUAGCAAAGGGUAUUACAAAUCUAAUCACGUUUUCGUUGGUUUCACGUCUGGUUAUUCCUGAUUCAGCUAUUAUUGGUAGAGCACUCUCAUCAAUAUAGGUAUAGUUGUUAAUUAACUUAUAGAGUAAAACCAUGUCCAAAUAUUCAUGCCAAUAAGUUAUUGGUAGUAACUCCAGUUGAUGUAAUCUGGUCAUGUACGAGACAUCGGUGGUAAACCCAAGAUUUAAGAUGUAUUUCGCUGCUCUUCUCUGCACCUUCUCGAUGUCUUCGAUUAACUUAAUGGAUUGUGGGCACCAUACUUGGGAUGCAUAACCAAAAUUGCUGCGUACGAGUUGUAGAUACAGAAGCCUCCUCGCGUUGAUAACAGUCAUCUCCGCGGUAGAUCGUCUAAUUAGCCCGAGCAUUUGGUUGGCUUUCGACCGUACUUUAUUUACUUGAUCGUUCCAUAAUAGCUUAGGACUAAUGGUGAUACCCAGAUCAACCUGUGCGUUGGAAACCAACAACUGAUCAUUGUCAAGCUUAUAGGGAUAAAUUAAAGGCGAUUUCUUUCUGGUUAUUGACAACACUUUACACUUAGAUUGGUUAAAGCGUAGUCGGUUUUCUAUCGACCAACAAAGUAGGCCUUGAAUAUCAUGAUGUGACAAUGAACAUGAUAAAGACUAUGGGCAUGACAAAAAAGAAGAACCUGAUAAUGAAUAUGAGCAUGAUAAUGAGGAUGAGCGCGAGGAUGAUAAUUAGGAUGAGGAUGAACACGAGGAUGAAGAUGUUAAUAAGGAUGACAAUGAGGAUGACACUGAGGAUGACAGUGAGCAUGACAUGUUGAGGAUGGGGAUGACAAUGGGCAUGAACAUGACAAUGACGAUGGGAAUGCGGGUCACAGUGAGAAUGACAAUGAGGAUAGGCACGGGGGCAUCGGUGGCGUAGUCGUCAGAGCAAGCGCCGUUCACAUCUGAGUUCGUGGGUUCGAUUAUCGCUACGGACUCAUGUGAAAAGAGUCAGUCAACGCUAAGCCGAAAGUCUUGUAAAAAAGUACAAAUAACACAAAACAUUGAAUUUACUGCAUGAGUCAUGGUCGUGUUUUUAUAUACUUUUCAGGUUUUAUCAGUGGUCGCCCAGCAGAUUCAAACUAUUCAAACGGCUGUGAUGGAUGGUGUAAGGACGUUUAUUUUUGAAGGCACAGAGAUUUCUAUCGAUCCAACAUGUACGAUAUUCAUCACAAUGAACCCUGGUUAUGCUGGAAGAGCAGAAUUGCCAGACAAUUUAAAGGUUAGACUCCAAAUGUUUAUACGUCAUCAACUUUUAAUUAGACAUAGACUUGACGUAAGUCAUUGUGAUAUUUUGUUUUCAGAGAUUUCCUAUAGAUUUAGUUUAAACUGUUUAAGGUCUGUCUAUAUCUGUAUGAUUUACUAUGAAUAAAGCGAGCGGUAAAUUUACAUGAUUUGAUCCGUUUCUGUGCAUAGUGAAUAUGUUGGAUAUGAUUUUUUUAUAUCAGCAUUAUUAUACCUCGUAACGUUGAAUAUAUCUUUUAUAUCAAGAUUAUGACGUCAUCCCGUCGAACACUAUGUCAAAACUUCAUGUUUAGCUAUUGAAUAUGACGAUUUCACAGUUGGUUAAUCAGAAAUCAUGAAUCUCUUAAAUAAAUAUAAUAAUAACUAAUAUAAUUGCACUUUCUGGUAUAAGUGGAGCGUUAUUCAUGCUGUUCAAAUAGGGCAGUGAUAAUAACGAUGCUUCUGUGUUCUUUCUGAAAGUGUUAGAGGUACAUGUGCCUUAAUCCAAACACGUUUUCCCAAAAAAUGAUCAAAUAGUUGCCAGUACUUAGAGAAUGAUUGAUUGUUUACCCUUUGCAUACUUUAAACCAUUGAUUCAUAGUUUUGUAAUUAUAACGAAUCUUUUUAAGGUCUUGUUCCGCACUGUUGCAAUGAUGGUUCCUGAUUACGCAUUAAUUAGUGAAAUCAGUCUUUAUUCAAUGGGUUUUGUUAACGCACGUCCUUUGGCUGCCAAGAUUGUUGCUGUUUAUCGACUGUGCUCUGAACAGGUAUUUGCUUAUUGUUAAAGAAAAUAAGUGAAAUGUUCAAAGAUACCUAGCUACUUGAUUUUAGUAAGACUGGGCCGUAAUAUAGGUCAAUGUUUUAACCUCUGGCUGCAGGAAAACAAAGAUGAGAAUUAACUGAACUACUUAUAGACGAAAAUUACGCACUGAUUAUGGUGGAUUCUCCUGGAUAAAUUUCACACGAAAAGAUUUAAAUGAUUUAGAAUUGCAUUUAUAGUUUUGGUUAUAUCCAUCUACAUAUAACAACGCAAAUUUGUUUGUUAGAUAAUAAAUAAUAAUGUAACUUACACGGUAACUUUAUAGUCAUGCUUAAAUGAUUUCUGUAGCUAUCUUCUCAACAUCACUAUGACUAUGGCAUGCGAGCUGUAAAGUCGGUGCUCACAGCCGCUGGCAACCUGAAGUUACGAUACCCUGAAAAUGACGAAGGCUUACUUAUUUUACGUUCAAUCAACGAUGUGAACAUGCCUAAGGUAUGUAAUCUACACUUUCACUGGUCUUUAUUCGCAAUAAAGACAUGUUCCAGGAAAUGGGUAUACAGAAUCUGAAAACAUGUUUUGCUUGAGAAAUUACCGACUAGCCUAUACGCGAACAUUAUCAAAAUGUAGAUUUAUCCAGAAAACGUUCACUUCAUCACUUCUGCAGCUGUGGUUUUAUUAUUCGCGAAAUCUGUGCAGUCCGUUAUGCAAUGACAUUAUGUACUGUUUAAUAAACGAGCAGGAGUAUUUUAUUAGGUUUAAAGCCACGAGCGCGCAGCGCGAGUGGCUUUAGACAUAAUAAAACACGACCUGCGAGUUUAUUAAACGGCUUCAAGCACGACUACAAAUUCAAUAGAUAUACUGCCUUAUUAGUAUUCUUUAUAUAAAGAAUACUAAUUAGGAGUGUUUUAUCAGGUUUAAAGCCACUGCACGUGACAUAUUAUGGUUCACAUGAUUUACCAAUAAGCUUAUGAAUUAUUAAUGAGUGUUUGAAGGGUUUGUUAUUUACCACAAACAUAAGUCAUCAUAUCAUAUUUUCGAGCGCUGAAUUAUUUGUUUAUGCUUGCAAAAUGCAGCGCAUGCAAUGCCCGAUAAAAUUAUGACUUUGUGAUGUUUGAAAAAACACAAGCUCGCGUGUGUUUUCCAUAAACCUGAAAUUUAAAUCUUCGUUCCAACUUCCAAAAGUCGUUCUUCUGUGUGUUUUCCAAACCUAAAACCAUGCUAUCAAGUUUAGAAACAAAUGAGUAUAAUUUAAGGGCCUUUCAAAAGCUUUGACUUGCUGCAUUAUCAAGUAUUCGUGUACCUAUUAUUAUAUGAGUACUAUUUUUCCCUUUUAUAGUUUCUUUCGCAAGAUUUGCCACUAUUUGAAGGAAUUGUCUCCGAUCUCUUCCCUGGCUUGACGCUGCCCAAACCUGAUCAUGGCAUUAUGGAAAAAGCUAUCAGAGAAAAUAUUGACAAAAUGAAGCUGCAGCCUGUCCCGUGGUUCAUCAACAAAAUAAUUCAGGUCCUAGUUAUAUCUAUUAUCCUUACUAUUUAG